AUGCCGCUGAGCCCUGACAUGACAGGAUAUACGGAUGCUCCGAGAGAAUGGCCAGGAAGAAGGCCGACGGGGAACACGCGGACUCUGUUCAAGGCCAAGCACUCGUUUGUGGAGUUUGACUGGAAGCAACACUCGCUCAAGGUCACAGAGACCGACGACGACAAGCAAUGCUGCACGGGAGUCCUGCGCAGAUGCGACUUGGGAAUGCACAUGAGUUUCUGUCACGCAGAUACAGGGAUGUUAGCUAACCGUUGUCCUUAUGCCUCGCAUCAAGAAGAUCCGAAGGAGGAGGAGGAGGAGGCGGAGACUUUGAGCUCAGCCAGGAAGUGUAACCCUGCUUCACCUCUCUACCCUCCGGUUCAAAAUCUCCCAGUGUUCAAAGACCUUGAGCUCAAAAGAUUGCGACAGGAGAAUGUAAAGAGAUUUCAAGUCAACUACUCGCCAAAGUCAAGAGUGAAUCUCCCAAGGCUUCGAGGAGUUGUCAACAGCUACACGCGGAAUCUUAUUCGCCCUCGAUUCCCCUGCACGAGGGCCAUGGGUAUGAGAUCUGGAGCAAACUUGUCCAUGAUCUUCAGCAACGUUGACAUCCUCCCCAAAAUCUUGUCGCUCGUUUCUGCUGAGACUGUCAGGAUUUUGUCGUGCACGAACAAGCUGCUCAAAGAAGGUUGUAGUGAUCCCUCACUCAGUCACUGUACCCUCCUCUCGGUCCUGACCUGGAGGCCUCUCGUAGCACAGCAGCCUGCGGCAGAGCAUGGGGAAGGUUCGUCCAACAAGGGAGAGAAGCUAGAAGUCUAUGGAUGGGUGGAGAGCAUCGACUGGAUUCCACAGCAGCAGCAGGUUCCACUCGUAGCAUGGGAAUUCAGCAUGAACGCGUGCCUCGGCGCCCACACCACCGUCUGCUCCAAGUCUCAACAAGUUCGAAGUCUUCAGGACGCGGAGGCGGCAGCUCGCAGGCUCAGUCUCAUCCUCAACCCAAAGCGAGGAAGAAGCGCGGCAGAAAGCAGUGCUGGGGAGCAGGAGAGGUCAGCGAUGGAGGCCAUGUCUCCAGCUGAGAUGUCGUCGAGGUGGUUCAGAGCGGUGAUGGACGAAGAUAUCAGCGUCAUGGAGGACUGUCUGCGGCAGGGCUGGCAUGUCGAUAGCAAGAACAAGGCCGGAUACACGGGGAUGGUGCGAUGGCUAGAGGGCGGAGUGAAGGGGCUCGCAGUGGAGAGGUCGAGGAAGAAGGCAUGCGACUUCUUGCGCAAGGUUGACGAGCUUGUUGGUUAUCAAGACUGA